AUGUCCCAACAUCUCCAGGAGCUGUACACUCAGCUGAGACAAGGAGCCAAGCUCCAUGCAGCUAUGGCAGAUGAUGGGUCAAGCCACAUACACAUUAUGCAGCAGGGAGCCUGGUGUCUUCUGGCUGUGCUGGUGAAAGCUCUCCUUUUUAUUGCAACAUGUAUAGCUGUGGGUGUUGCACAAGUACCCAAACAAGCAAUAGAUGUUCUUCAACAGCUAGGCCUUGUGAAAGAUGUCCAAGAGCCAUCAGAGACAGCAGUGCCCUCAACAUCCUCUCUGUUACCUCAGGGUGUUCGUCUAACUGCAUCAGGAGUGGUGCUAAGUGAUGAUGCACAUGUUGAGUCCCCCGUCACUCAAGUCAUACCAUCAGAUCUAGGGCAUCAAUUCACCUUAUUGGUCGGGUUGUACUCUUACAGAGUCAGCAAUGCUUUUCUUUUCAGUGUCAGGAACAAAAGCAAACUGCAGUUUGGUGUCCAGCUGCUCCCAAGAAAGGUAGCAGUGUACACUGGAGGGAAGCAGCCCGUGUACUUUGGUUAUUGUGUUCAUAAUGAACAAUGGCAUUCAUUUGCCAUUGGCAUUGGGGACAAGACUGUCUCAAUGUUUGCUGAGUGUGGAAACAAGUACUUCAGUAGGGAAGUGCUUUCUGAAGUGGAGACAUUUGAUUCAGAGGGUGUAUUUACCCUGGGAAGGAUGAACUCUCACUCUGUCGGCUUUGAAGGAGUUAUAUGUCAGCUUGAUAUUAUUCCCUCUGCAGAAGCCUCUGCGAACUAUUGUAAAUAUGUGAAACAACAGUGUCGCCAGGCUGAAACCUAUCGAUCUCUGCGUGGGCCCUCACUUGUGUCACAUGGGCUGGAUGUUUUUUCAAAGAUGAUCAUUGAUGAGGAAAACCAGGAAGAUAUAUCACCUUAUAGAUGGAAAGAAGUAUCAAACAUGCCUGUUACCAACCUUGCUCCGAUUCACAUUGAGUUACGAAAUGCCUCUGUGUGGAAGUUUGCAGAGACCAAACCUCUGUUGCUGGAAGCUUGGCCUCAAACAGAACUCCAGGAGAACAUCGAUUUGGCUCUUCAGCAGCAGGAGAGGAGCAGAAAAAGAAAUAUCACUAAAACCCCUGCAGGAUCAUACCCAAAUAGUUUGGCUAAAACCACAGAAGAUGCAGGCAGACGUAGUGAGCCUUCUCUGAUCUCCCCUGUAAAACAGAAUAAAACUAAAGGCAAGGGAAUGGAGAAAGCAAAACAGCAUUUAGAUGAACCAAACAAAAAGCAGCAAAUCUUGAACACAACCCUGUACAGUUUGCCUGCUGAGCUCCCUCUGGAUAAUCAACUCUGUCUGGGGCAGGAAGGUGCAUUUGAUGCUGAUGAGACUUACCAUACAAAAAACAGUUAUGAAAAUGGUAUUGAUAAUUAUGCUUAUGACUAUGAAGAUCUUGGCAAAAUGUUUGAAAGGGGAAGUGUCAGAGGUCCAAAGGGGGAAACUGGACCUCCUGGUCCUCCAGGUCCUCCAGGUUUACCUGGUCCUUCAGGGAAGAGAGGUCCUCGGGGUAUUCCAGGACCACAUGGUAACCCAGGUUUGCCAGGAUUACCAGGUCCCAAGGGCCUUAAAGGAGACCCAGGAUUCUCUCCAGGACGGGCAAAAUGCGGAGAAAAGGGAGAUCCAGGCCCCAUGGGCUUUCCAGGCCCCCCUGGGAUCAAAGGCCAGAAGGGUCUCAAGGGUUACCUGGGGCUGCAAGGGCCACGGGGUGAGCAGGGAAUUCCAGGAAUGACUGGCAGUAUUGGGGCAGUUGGUUACCCUGGCAGGCAGGGCCUAGCUGGACCAGAAGGGAACCCAGGUCCUAAAGGAGUAAGAGGUUUCAUUGGACCUCCAGGUGUGGCAGGACAGCCAGGACCUGAAGGAGAAAGGGGUAUCCCAGGCCUCCAUGGAAAAAGAGGUCCUAAAGGGAGACAGGGUUUUCCAGGUGACUUUGGAAAUAGAGGCCCCCCUGGUCCAGAUGGAAGUCCUGGAAUUGUUGGUGGUGUUGGUCCUCCUGGAUUUCCAGGACUAAGAGGAGACAUUGGGCCAGCAGGACCGAGUGGACCAUCAGGAAUUCCAGGGCCCACGGGUUUCCCAGGGAGUGUGGGACAGCCUGGAAUGAAAGGUGAUAAGGGUGAACAUGGCCUUGCAGGAGAGCCAGGAGAUCAGGGCUACCCAGGAGACAAGGGUGCUCUUGGUUUACCAGGACCCCCAGGGAUAAGAGGAAAACCAGGACCCCCAGGGAAAAUUGGAGAACCUGGACCCCGUGGACCAUUGGGUCCUCAAGGACCUGAGGGUUUUCCAGGAGAUAUUGGUGUACCUGGAUUAAAUGGCCCUGAAGGUCCUAAGGGAGCUCUGGGUGACCGAGGACCUCCAGGGCCACAAGGCCCCAAAGGAGUUGAGGGAGAAUUAGGACCAGCUGGACCUAUUGGAGGCAUUGGCUCAAGAGGAAAGCCAGGACAGAAAGGUUAUGUAGGUGAUCCUGGACCAGAAGGUUUAAAGGGAGAAAAAGGAGACCAAGGAAACCUUGGAAAAACUGGUGAAGCAGGAUCAGCUGGCUUACUUGGAGAAGCUGGGCCAUCUGGAAGCCUUGGUGAAAAGGGAGAGCGAGGCAGUCCAGGACCUGUAGGUUCUCCUGGAGAAAAAGGUUUCAUGGGCUAUCCAGGACCUCCAGGAGGCCCUGGACCUGUGGGGCCAGAAGGAUUACCUGGACCUUCAGGAGCACGAGGACCAUCAGGGCCACAGGGACCUAAGGGAAGAAGAGGGCCAAGAGGUCUCGAUGGUCCUCCAGGAGAACUGGGAACAGAAGGUAUUAAGGGAGAAAGAGGUGAUCCAGGAAAGAAAGGAGUUCCUGGGCUCAUUGGUAAAGCUGGAAAUCCAGGAGAGAGAGGAGAUCAGGGUGCACUUGGUUUGCUUGGGCCUCCAGGAACCACAGGAGACAGGGGACCAAUGGGAGAGCCAGGUCCAAGAGGACAGCCAGGGGAUGCUGGCCCUAUUGGAGAAACGGGUUUUGAGGGACCUCCUGGCCCUGAAGGAGAACCUGGUCUGCAGGGGGAACCAGGCACAAAGGGAGACAUUGGACCAGCUGGGAAGGCUGGAGAACCAGGUGACCAAGGUUUAAGGGGUGAACCAGGGCCCCCAGGAGAAGACGGUGUUCAAGGAAAAGAUGGCCCAAAGGGAGACCCUGGAGACCAGGGACUUGUUGGAGAAGGUGGUGAAAAAGGAGAGAUGGGACUACCAGGAAUUGCUGGGCCCCCUGGUGAACCUGGCAUAAUGGGAAUUCCUGGUCCUGAAGGAACACCAGGAAAUCCAGGUCAGAGGGGCCGUUUAGGAAAGAAGGGGGAAAAGGGGCAGCUUGGCCCUCCAGGAGAACCUGGACCUGCUGGUGAUGCUGGCCAACCUGGAAAAACUGGUCCCAAAGGUGCAAGAGGAACUCGAGGUCCUGUGGGACACCUAGGAGGAAUGGGACCUGAAGGAGAGCCAGGAAUUCCAGGUUAUGGGGGUCACCAGGGUCCUCCAGGGCCCUCAGGGCCCCCAGGCCCCAAAGGAGAAAAGGGUUACCCAGGCGAAGACAAUACAGUCCCUGGACUACCUGGGCCCAUAGGUGAACCAGGUCGAAAUGGUGAAUGUGGAGAUAGAGGAGAACCUGGGGAUGAGGGCUACAAGGGUCAUAUCGGUCUUCCAGGGCUUAGAGGACCUAUUGGACAACAAGGGCCUCCAGGAGAGUCAGGUGAACUGGGAGAGCAAGGACCAAAAGGAGAAAGGGGUUCAGAAGGACCCACAGGGAAGAAAGGAGCAACAGGUCAAGCAGGCAAAGCUGGAAUUCCUGGAAAACCAGGGCCACCAGGGCAGAAAGGGGCAGUUGGGUACCCUGGACCAGAAGGCAUUCCUGGGAACCCUGGCAAGACUGGGCUGUCAGGGAAACCUGGCCCUAAGGGCAAUAAAGGAAACUCAGGCUUACCAGGUCUAGCAGGUUAUCCUGGAGCUCGAGGUCCCAGGGGAUUGCCAGGCAUGCCAGGGCCCAUGGGAGCGCCUGGAUUAAAGGGUGAGAAAGGGCUUCUAGGUCAUCCAGGAAAGCGAGGGAAAAGAGGCCUUCCAGGAUCACAAGGUGACCAAGGACCAGCAGGAGACACUGGACUGAAAGGACUCAUUGGAGAAGAUGGAGAUCAAGGUUUAAUGGGGUUUCAAGGAUUCCCAGGUCCAAAAGGUCCUGCAGGGGACAUUGGCUUAGUUGGAAUUCUGGGCCCGAAAGGUCCAACAGGCCAAGCUGGAUAUAUUGGCCCUGUUGGUCAAGAAGGCAUAGCAGGCCCAGCUGGCAGGCCUGGACCGAGAGGUGAAAAGGGCAUGAGGGGUGAAAUGGGGCCUCAGGGACAACAAGGCCAGCCUGGGCCACCUGGACCACCUGGACCACCAGGACUAAGGAAACAAGUGGAUCUCAAUGCUGCUGUUCAAGCUUUGUUUGAGUCAAAUGCUGCCUUGCAGAUGGAGAAAUACCAGAAUACUGAAGUAACUUUACUAGAUCACAGUACAGAGAUAUUCAAAACGCUCCACUACCUUAGCAAUUUACUGCACAGCAUCAAGAACCCUCUUGGCACACGGGAUAACCCAGCACGCAUCUGCAGGGAUUUGCUUAAUUGUGAACGUAAACUGUCAGAUGGAAAAUACUGGAUUGACCCAAAUAUUGGAUGUCCUUCUGAUGCCAUUGAAGUUUUCUGCAACUUCACUGCAGGUGGUCAGACAUGUUUAACACCACUGUCUGUGACAAAGCUGGAGUUUGGUGUUGGAAAAGUGCAGAUGAACUUCCUUCAUUUACUGAGCUCAGAAGCAACCCACAGCAUCACAGUCCAUUGUCUAAACGCACCGAUGUGGGGAUUAAAUAAAGCUGGUGGCCGGAAGACAUCAGUUACCUUCAAAGGGUGGAACGGUCAAAUAUUUAAAGCAAAUACGCUACUUGAACCUAAAGUGCUUCUGGAUGAAUGCAUGAUUGAAGAUGGCAGCUGGCAUAAGACACAGUUCUUUUUUCACACUCAGGACACGAACCAGCUUCCAGUUGUUCAAGUUAAUGCACUUCCUCACCUCAAACCAGGACAGCAGCACUUCAUAGAAAGUAGCUCCGUAUGCUUCCUUUAA